UUUCUCCCCCCAAAUCCGUUCCGGCUAUCCCCGACUCUGUUUGGGCUCUCUCUUUAUUUUCUUGCCCUUUGAACGGCGUCUUCUUCCGAUCAAUCGUAUUUGUGCUGAUACAGUCCUUGGUUUUGGAAUCGCCAGGCGAGCGUCUGCGUAGGCGCCCCGUAGUUCCUGGCCGCGAUUAACGUGGCGCGAGCAUUGGGGCCGAGAAGCCGGCAGUAAACCCUCCGUCAGAAGGUACACCCUCGUGUUCGUAUUGUAUCUGACAGAGGAGAUUGGUCCUAAGCAUGGGUGCUCGAAAGCAAAAGUGGACUUCAGAGGAAGAGGCUGCUCUUAGAGCUGGCAUAGCAAGGUAUGGAGUGGGAAGUUGGCGCCUGAUAUUGAAAGAUGAUGACUUCCGUUCCAUCUUGAGCUGCCGGUCAAAUGUUGAUCUAAAGGACAAGUGGCGCAACAUCAACGUAUUUUUCACCGAAUCAGGCUCUAUGGAUAAGGGAAGGACUGCCAUGAAGAAGAACCGAGCUGCUCCUAGGAGGAAUGAUCACCCAAUGGCAAACAGCACAGUUGCUUCUGAUGUUGAUGACGAAAUUGUUGAUGAACAGCCUAUAGCAUCAAUGUCAAGUGAACUGUGGAAUGUUUCAAUUCCAAAGAAAUCACGGUCAAGGCUAAACAAUAUCAUAUUGGAAUCUGUCAAGAACUUGAAUGAGCCUACAGGGUCACAUAGCACUACGAUUGCUAAGUACAUAGAGGAGGAAUAUUGGCCACCUAGUGAUUUUGAUCGCAUGUUGUCUGCAAACCUGAAGGACUUGACCACCAGUGGAGAACUGAUAGAGGUAAAUCGCAAGUACAGGAUUGCACCUGCACCUGGUUCAAUGUACUCUGAGGGACGAAGCCCCGAAACACUGCUGCUAGAAGACAUGCAAAGAGAGCCCCAGAAAAUAGAGAGUGAUGAUAUUAAAACCCUUACAAAAUCUCAAGUUGAUGCUGAAUUGGCGGAUAUGAUAACCAUGACUGCCGAAGAGGCUGCAUCCGCUGCUGCUCGUGCAAUUGCAGAGGCAGAGGCUCUCAUGGCAGAAGCUGAAGCAGCGACAAGAGAUGCGGAGGCGGCAGAAGCAGAUGCCCAAGCUGCACAAGCUUUCGCGGAAGCAGUAAGGAACAGAAACGUUACAGAACUGAUGGCCCAGUCUUGAUGCUGCUACCCUGAGCCGCUCCAGCCCAGCAUUGCCGCAGGAUGCAGAUGAUGCCGUACCUCACACUUGAAUUUUCGGUUGGAUUAACAGCAGCCGCCCUCAUUUUUCUUCUACUUUUUCAAAAAAGAAAAAACAGCCGCGCUCCAGUGUCACCAGCCUUAUGAUGUUCCUGGAGCAGCAAUGCAGCAACAACCAAUUUUGCGUACCGUUUGUAGCA